ACUGUUGCCCAGCGGGUGGCGGUAACAAAUCAUAACAUUCAAUAUCGACGACCUUCCGACAUCCAACGAAGAAGAACAGCUAGCUUCAGCUCAGGUUUAGUCACAAGUAGAUAACGUUUCUCUAAAAAAAAGCUGUGUGCCACCGUCUGUAAGUAAAUGGCACGUUAACAACAACCCAGACUGGAGCCAGUACGCGGGAGCUGUAGUCCACGUCUUUUUCUUUUGUUUUCCUUCGGAGACAAAUGAUUUUGAGCGAUGGAUCCAGCUGUUGUGGACGGUCCCGUUAUCUUGGUCAUCAAGGCCCCCAACCAGAAGUACGAUGACCAGACAAUCAACUGUUACCAGGACUGGACGGUGGAGAAACUCAAAGCCCACCUGUCUGAUGUGUACCCAAGUAAACCGAGCUCCAAAGACCAGAGGCUGGUGUAUUCUGGGAAGCUGCUUUUGGAUCACUUUACAUUAAAAGAUGUGCUCAGAAAGCAGGACGAGUACCAUAUGCUCCAUCUGGUGUGCGCUUCUCGAACCCCUCCCAGCUCUCCGAAGCCCCCCCGCAGCCGCAUUAACAAGCCCCCGGAGAGCGCAGCCGGUCCCACGGCACUUCAGAACUCUAACAGUCCUCCCCAAGGUGGCCAGUCGUCUACAGGAGAGAGCAGCGAUGGACUCAGACAGCGAGCCGGGCCCUUCCCUUACCAUCAGAUGUAUCCGCAAUUAAUGCACAGCUGGAAUCAGUACUCGGCACAGCCCACCCUUCCCACGAACAUGCCCGCGUACUACAACCCCAUGACGCUAAUGUGGUGGCAGCAGCUCUACGCCAGGCAGUACUACAUGCACUAUCAGCUGCUGGCCGCCUCCUCCCAGCAGCUCCGGCACGACCAGGCCUCCGCCCAGUCCAGCCGGCCCGACCCUCUGAGCCAGCGGCCGCAAGCGGCUCGCCACGGCAACCAGGAGGUCCAGAUGAACGCCCAGGGGGGGGAGAUCCUGAACGAGGACGAGCUCAACCGGGACUGGCUGGACUGGGUGUACACGUUCUCACGAGCCGCCAUCUUGCUCAGCAUAGUCUACUUCUACUCAUCCUUCAGCCGCUUCGUCAUGGUGAUGAUGGCCAUGCUGGUGCUUUACCUGCACCAGGCCGGCUGGUUUCCCUUUAACCUGGAGAACGAACUCCAGCUUCCCGAAGACAGAGCCAAUCAGGACGACGUGGAUGGAGAGCUACAAAACCCCGACUUACAAGAAAUGGACGGAGCGAUGGACGACGGCUCAGACGACGACGGGGAGAGCGGCGAGGAAGGAGCAGAGGACCCCAACAGCGCCCCGAACGCCGGCUUCUUCUCCUCCACGUGGUCGUUCAUCAUCACCUUCUUCAUGUCGCUCAUCCCGGAGGGGCCCCCGAACGCUGCUAACUGAACCGCCGCCCUCCACCGGAGCGUUUUGUUUCUUUAGGGGGGGGGGGGGCGGCGAAGUGGUGUCCAUCCCGCCUGCUUAGGGAGACUGUUUGUGUCACCAUGCAGUGUUACAGUUUCUCGAUAAGUCUACUUAAUAUAUGACACUCUGAGCCGAAAACACAAAAGACCGACUUAACCCGAAAGGAGGGGGGUGACAAAAAUGUUGUUUAUAUUGAGUUUAUUAUUUGUUUUCAUUUUAUUUUAUUUUAAAAUCUUAGUUUAACUGCUAUGCACAAGGAUUGGUAGCGAUGCCUUGUCGGGAAGAUUUCUAACAGAACCUAAUUACAGCGCCACUCAUGAAUCAGUGUAUUCUUUGUAAUAUUUGUUUAAAUAGUUUUGUUCGAAUUGUAAUAAUAGUGGUUAUAUCACAAAGAAAGGACCGCCGGUGUCCAAACUAUUAAUUUACAUGUCUUUGUAAAACAUGUCCGAACACAUUUGUACUGUGUUGAAGUGUAACGCAGAGUGAUGCUGGCUACUGAGAUUUUUUUUUUUUUUUUUUUUUUUUUUUAUUAAAGUGAACCAAUGUACCA